AUGUCGAACAUCUACCUCACGGAGCCGGCCACCCAUGGCAAGGUACUUCUCCACACGUCCUUCGGGGACAUUGAUGUCGAGCUGUGGGCAAAGGAGUGCCCCAAGGCUUGCCGGAACUUCGUGCAGCUUGCCAUGGAAGGGUACUACGACAACACGGUAUUCCACCGAAUUAUCCGCAAGUUCAUGGUGCAGGGGGGAGACCCCACGGGCACGGGCAAGGGCGGGGAGAGCGUCUACGGUAAGCCGUUCCGGGACGAGAUCCACACGCGCAUCAAGUUCAACCACCGCGGGCAGGUGGCCAUGGCCAACGAGAACGAGCCCCGCACCAACCACAGCCAGUUUUUCUUCACGCUAGACAGCGCUGCGCAUCUGGACAAGAAGCACACCAUCUUUGGCAAGAUCACCGGCAACACCAUCUUCAACGCUCUCCGGAUGGGCGACAUCGACACGGACAAGGACGAUCGGCCUCUCGAGCCCCCCCGCCUGAUCUCCGUAGAGGUCCUCCUCAACCCCUUCGACGACAUCGUGCCGCGAGACCUCUCGGGGCGCGGCGGCGAGGCCGCCGCCGCCGCCGCGGCCGCGGCCGCGGAGGCCGAAGCCAAGAAGAAGCGCCGAAAGAAGCAGGGGAAGAAAGACUUCAAGCUUCUUUCCUUCGGGGAGGAGGCGGACCAGGAGGAGAAGGAGCUGGACGCGCUGGUUGCCGGCGGCAGCGGCGGCGGCGGGAGCAAGUCCGCCGGCCGGGGGAUCAAGAGCGCGCACGACGCGCUCGACGACGAAAAGUUGAGCAAGGACGCGGCCUACGACGAAAAGUUGAGCAGGGUGAAGAACGGGGAUGAGGUUACCACCGGAGACGGGCUGCGGAAGGCGGUGAAGUCGGCCGCCGUCGCCGGGAAGGGAGCGAGGGAAGAUGCGGGGAGUUCCAAUGGUGCUGGUGGUGGCGGCGGCGGCGGUGGCGGAGGAGGGGCGGAUCACCCCGAGCCCUUGGACGACGGCGACGCAUUCAUGCAGAAAAUGCGGCAGAAGAUGAUGGACAAGCGAAAAGCCCUCGAGAAAUCGAAAGCCGCCGUCGUCCCGGCAGCGGCAGCAGAUGGCGGUGACAACGACGACGAUGACCCUCUUGACUUCGAACCAGAGGAGGAAGAAGAGGAGGAGGAGGAGGAGGAGAAGGAGGAGAAAAAGGAGGCGGAAGGGAGCGGGGCAACCGGUGCCGGUUGGCGAGGGGGAGACGCGGACGAUGAGACGGACAAGGAGAAGGCCAGGCGAAAGGCCAUCAAGCAGAGGGCGAAGGAGUACGAGUCGCUGCGGGAGGAGAUGAAGGCCAAGCACAGGGCCGCGAGGGUGAUGACGGGGGAAGAGAGGGCCAAGUAUGAUGCGGAGCACAUGCACCGGGAGAUGAUUUCCCCGGUGGAGCAGAUGCGCGCCAAGUACAAGAAGCGCCGCAAGGAGGCCGGCACGAGGGAGGACUCCACGAUGGCAAAGCUCGCGGCCUUCACGUCCACCAUGCGCACGUCCAAGAAGCGGGCCAAAACCGAGGACAAGGCGGAGGAGAAGGUGGAGGCGUACCACGGGCAGGUGACCGAGGGCAAGCUGUACGAGGGGGAGGACGAUGCGGACGACGGAGAAAACUGGUUCACGGGGCCCCUCAAGUUCAAGCGACACAUCGACGACGACCUGAGGAAGGGCAGCGACGGCCGCAGAGCCGACGACUACGCUGUUAUCGAUCCCCUCAAGCAGCAGCUGAAGGGGGGACGAGGAAAUGACGCCCACGGGGGCAGGAGUGGGGGGGAGCCUAGACGAGACGGCGGUGCAAGUAGGCGUGAUGAGGCUGGGGCUAGGAACGGGAUGGACCGAAAACGGGAGGAUAGGGGUGGUCGGCAUAAAAGCAGCCGUGACUCACGACAUAGCGACAGGCGGAGGUGA